AGUCGCGAGCUGGUGGUUGUGGAGUGUAGUGGCGUCGGGUUGUGCGAAAUAAUUGCUCUGGAUUUCAACUGAGUCUUUUCUUAUACAAGCGUUACUCUAACGGUCCGCAAGGGGCCGCCGCCGCCGCCAUGGCGGACGUGGACCCGGAGACGCUGCUCGAGUGGCUCAGCAUGGGCCAGGGCGAGGAGCGCGACCUGCAGCUGAUCGCGCUCGAGCAGCUCUGCAUGCUGCUGCUCAUGUCCGACAAUGUGGACCGCUGCUUCGAGAGCUGUCCGCCGCGCACCUUCCUUCCGGCUCUGUGCCGCAUCUUCCUGGACGAGUGCGCUCCGGAUAACGUGCUGGAGGUGACGGCGCGCGCCAUCACCUACUACCUGGACGUGAGCGCCGAGUGCACCCGACGCAUCGUCUCCGUCGACGGCGCCGUCAAGGCCAUGUGCAACCGGCUGGUGGUGGCCGAGCUGACGAGCCGCUCCAGCAAGGACCUGGCCGAACAGUGCAUCAAGGUUCUGGAGCUGGUGUGCACCCGCGAGGCGGGCGCCGUGUUCGAGGCAGGCGGCCUCAGCUGCGUGCUCAGCUUCGUGCGCGACAACGGCCACCUGAUCCACAAGGACACCCUGCACUCGGCCAUGGCCGUGGUGUCGCGACUCUGCACCAAGAUGGAGCCGCAGGACGGCGCGCUGCCCUGCUGCGUCGACUCGCUCUCGACGCUGCUCAAACAUGACGACCAGCAUGUGGCUGACGGCUCGCUGCGCUGUUUCGCCUCGCUGGCCGACCGGUACACCCGGCGCGGGAUCGACCCGGCUCCGCUGGCCCAGCACGGCCUGGUUGACGAACUGCUGGCCCGGCUGCGCACUGUUGGACAGCCCGGAGCCGGCAGCGCCGCCGCUGGAGCUGGCGGCACGCCGUCAGUGACCCCCGAGUCCAAGUCGUCUCAGUCGCUGUCGACGGUGAUCAGUCUGCUGUCGACGCUAUGUCGCGGCUCACCGGGCAUCACACACGACCUGCUGCGCUCCGAGCUGCCGGAGGCCAUCCAGAGCGCCCUCAGGGGCGACGAGAGAUGCGUGCUGGACACGAUGCGCCUGGUGGACCUGCUGCUGAUCCUGCUGUUCGAGGGUCGGUACGCGCUGCCUCGCACGGGGGUGUGCUCGGCGGGCAGACUGCCCGGUCUGAGGCGGAUGGACUCGGCCGGAGAGCGGAGCCACCGCCAGCUCAUCGACUGUAUCCGCAGCAAGGACACGGACGCGCUCAUCGAGAGCAUCGAGUGCGGCGGUGUCGAGGUGAACUUCAUGGACGACGUGGGCCAGACGCUGCUCAACUGGGCAGCGGCGUUCGGCACACAGGAGAUGGUCGAGUACCUUUGCGACAAGGGCGCCGACGUCAACCGAGGUCAGAGGUCGUCAUCGCUGCACUAUGCGGCCUGUUUCGGCCGCCCUGCGAUCGCCAAAGUGCUGCUACGGUGUGGGGCCAACCCCGACCUGCGAGACGAGGACAGCAAGACGCCACUCGACAAGGCGCGAGAACGCAACGACGAGGGGCAUAGAGAGGUGGCAGCCAUCCUACAGUCGCCCGGAGAGUGGAUGAUGCCUGCCGACAAGGAACGUCGGCCGACCGGCGGCGGAGGGGGCACCGACUCUGCGGCCGGCGCCGGCGGCUCGGCGGAACCCGGCCGCAGUGAGGAGCCGCGCGGCGACCCGGCCAUGGCGCCCGUCUACCUGCGCCUGCUGCUGCCCAUGUUCUGCCGCACCUUCAAGGACACCAUGGUGGCCAGCGUCAGGAAGUCGUCACUGAACCUGCUGCGGAAGAUGCUGUACUUCAUAUCGCCGAGUCUGCUGACGGAGACGUGUCAGGGCGACCUGGCCGGCAACAUCGUGGAGGUGUUGGAUAUGGUGCUGGACGCCGAGGACGACGACGAGGGCCACGCGGUGGCGCUACAGAUCACCGAGGACGUGCUAAGGAAGGGCGCCGACACGUUCCUCGAACACUUUGCCCGGCUGGGCCUGUUCACCAAGGUGGCUCAGAUGGCCGGAGCUGACGAGGACGCGGAGCCGCGGCCGGCCAGCCCGCCCUCACUGGGCGCCUGCGCCGACCGGCUGCCGGAGGAGUCAUGCGACCAGCCGCAGUCGGAGGAGGACGCCCGUGAGAUCCUGCCCGGAAAGGCGUAUCAGUGGCGCGACUGGUGUGUCUGCCGGGGCCGGGACUGUCUCUAUAUCUGGUCCGACGCCGCUGCGCUCGAACUCAGCAACGGAAGCAACGGCUGGUUCAGGUUCAUCCUGGACGGCAAGCUGGCCACCAUGUACAGCUCUGGCAGUCCGGAGGGCGGCUCGGACGGCUCCGAUAACCGCGGCGAGUUCCUCGAGAAGCUGCAGCGCGCGCGCGCCUCAGUGCGGCCGCACGCGGCGCCGCAGCCGAUCCUCAGCCACCCGAGCUCCACGCGUCUGGUGGUGGGAAAUUGGUCACUGAGCUGCCGCAGAGACGGAGAGCUGGUCAUCAAUAACAACGACGGACAACAGCAAACGACCACUCUGCGGGAGGACCUAGCCGGGUUCCUGUUCGAGUCGAACCGGGGCACCAAGCACACGUUCACUGCCGAGACAUCGCUGGGCCCCGAACUGUCGGCCGGCUGGGCGGGCAAAAAGUGCAAACGAUUCAGAUCCAAGGUGGAGGCCGUCAAACAAAAGGUCCGCUCCCAGGCGCGCGACAUCUACGAGAAGUACUUCAAGGUGGCUCAGUCGCAGCCGCGUGGUGUGGUCGCCAAACUGGGCACAAUUGUGGCGCAGAUCGAGCGGGCCUGCCACAAACAGCUGGCGGCUGUCGACCGGUGUGACGAGUGGCGUCCGAUCCUGCGCGCCGCCCUCUCGGACCUCAUGUCGCUGCUGGGUGACGAGCGCGCCGUAUCCGCCUACGAGCUGCACUCGUCCGGUCUGCUGCAGGCGCUGCUGCGACUCCUCAGUUCACCAGACCGCACCAGCCGCCGAGCGAACCGGCUGCUCAAACAGCGGCAGCGGCUCUUCAAACAGUGUUUCCAGGAAGCGGCGGCGGUCUCCCAGGAGCACCCGGGCGUCUCACUGGUACGGAAACUGGUCUCCGUGCUCGAGUCCAUCGAGAAGCUGCAGGUCUACAACUACGACUCUACCGGCACCGUCAGCGGUCUCCAGGUGCUGCAGCUGCGGAUGCGGUUCCGCCUGGAGCGGGCUGCCAGCGACUCCAGUCUGAUCGACUGCACGGGCCGCACUCUGAAAAUGGAGCCGCUGGUGACGGGACGGCAGCUGGAGCGGUACCUACUCAAACAGGUGGCCAAGCAGUGGUACGACUACGACCGUUCGACGUUCACCUUUGUGAAGCGGAUCCGAGAUAACCCAUCCACCGUGUUCACCCACCAGUCCGACUUUGACGAGAACGGCAUCAUCUACUGGAUUGGAACAAAUGCCAAGACGGCCUACGAGUGGGUGAACCCGUGUCAGUACGGUCUGGUGGUGGUCACCUCCUCUGAGGGACGCAACCUGCCCUACGGACGGCUCGAGGACGUGCUCUCGCGCGACCCGACGCCUCUCAACUGUCACACCAACGACGACAAGCGCGCCUGGCUGGCCGUCGACCUGGGCAUGUGGGUCAUACCCACCUGUUAUACGCUCAGACACGCCCGGGGCUACGGUCGCAGCGCACUACGAAACUGGGUCUUCCAGGUCUCCAAGGACGGCCUGUCGUGGACCACGCUGUACAUGCACAUUGAGGACACGUCUCUGAACGAACCGGGCAGCACCGCAUCGUGGCCGCUGCUGGCGCCCACUGAGGAGACCCAGGGCUGGCGGCACAUCCGAAUCCAGCAGACUGGUCGUAACGCCUCCGGUCAGACUCACUACCUGUCGCUGUCGGGUCUGGAGGUCUACGGCACCGUGACGGGCGUGUGUAGCGACCUGGGCAAGGCGGCCCGGGAGGCGGAGGCGUCGCUGCGCCGCCAGAGGCGACAGAUAAAGAACCAGCUCAAGUACAUGGUGCCGGGCGCCCGCGUGGUGCGCGGAGUCGACUGGAAGUGGCGGGAUCAGGACGGUGUGCCUCAGGGCGUCGGCACCACCAUGUCCGAGCUGCACAACGGCUGGAUCGACGUCACCUGGGACAGCGGCGGCAGCAACUCCUACCGCAUGGGCGCCGAGGGCAAGUUUGACCUCUGCCUGGCGCCUGGCUAUGACCCGGAGGCUAGCACGGGCUCCGGGGCCGGCGCGGUGGCCACCACCCGCUCCCCGACUGUCACCGUGGCUCCGGCCCCGGCCACCGCGGCCACAGCGGCCACCGGCGCCGCCGCUUCCGCCACCGCCUCCACUGCCAAGGUCGGCGCGCCCCCGUCAUCGGCCGCCGGCCCGUCGCCCGCCGCCGCCGCCGCCGCCGCCGGUGGCGCGGCCAAGUCCAAGCCGCGCCAGUCGGUGCUCACCAGUCGCAAGUCGUCGUCGACACCCUCUCUGCCGGAGGCGACGACCGACGACAUGCACUCGGUGGCGUCGACGGAGCAGGCGGCGUCGGCCGACAACCUCGCCGCCAAGCAGGCGGCCGAGGCGGUGGCCGAGAACGUGAUGACGCUGGCCAACGCGGAGGCCAUGUCCUCGCUGGACCAGACGACCGACUCGGUCCUCUCACGGGUGGUGUUCGGAAACAAGAUGGACGCCAUCCUGGAGAGCUCCGACUGGCUGUCGGGCGGCGAGGACAGCGCCUCCGAGACGCCACCUGCCGUGUCCAACCCCGCGCCGCUGUUCCCGACCAGCCGCGCGGCGCCCGUCUCCCGCCCGCCGCCUCCCCCCGCCUCCUCAGCGGCGGCGGCGGCGGCGGCCGGCGCCGUCACCGCCGCGUCAGCCGUCUCCGAGCCCAACAACCAGCGCUCCUCCAUGUCCGUUAGCACCCCGAACCUGAACGACGAGUCGGCCGGUCUGUUGGAGAUGUUCUCUGCCAUGGUGCGCCGUCGCGCGUCCGGAACGACCGCCGGCGGAGGCAGCGGCGGCGCGUCGCGAGGCGGCAGCGGCGGCGGCGGCUCCUACCCGGCACCGGUAGCCGUGGCCGCCGCGGCCGCCGCCGCCGGGAACAACUGCAGUCCGUUCCUGCGCGCGCCCAACACGACCAGUAUGAGCAGCCUGGCGCGGCUGGCACUCAGCACCCCGCUGCCGGGCAGCUUUAUGUCGACGGCACAGUCGUUCCCGAGCCUGUCGUCGGGGAAUACGAUGGUGACCAACAGUACGACGACCAGCGCGCUGACACAGGGGCUGACCAUGUCGCUGACCUCUAACUCGUCUGAUAGUGAACAGGUAUCGCUGGAGGACUUCCUCGAGUCGUGUCGGCACACCACCCUCCUCGCCGAGCUCACCGACGACGACGAGCUCGCCGACGAAAACGACGAGGACGACGAAUACGACGCGGGCGGCCCGGCCGGCGGCGAGGAGGAGCCGCUCGACCCGCGGCCCGGCCGGCGACACGCCUGGGACGACGACACCGUGCUGAAGCGCCACUGUCCGGCGCUCAUACCGGCGUUCGAUCCGCGCCCGGGCCGCACCAACGUGGCGCAGACGCAGGACAUUCAGGUGCCGCCGCCGGGCAGUCAGAGCCGGCGCCGGUCGGCCGACGCCGCCGAGCGCCGCUCGCCGGAGCCCCGUCUGCGGCUGGCGCUGCGCGGCCCGGGCGUGCCCGGCGUGCCGGACGUCGAGGUGCCACUGGAGGCCGGCGACGGCACGGUGUUCAGCGCCGUGCAACGGCUGGUGCAGAAGUCUCAGCUGGGCAGCCGGCAGGAGAAGCUGCGCCGGCUCUGGGAGCUGGUCUACACCAUCGUGUACCGCGAGGAGAGUGACGAGGAGCGUCGCGCCAGUCCGGCCGCCGAGCGGCGCAGCUCCAUGCAGCAGCGGCUCAGUGACGGCGCGCCCUGCACCGUGGACGAUGUGGUCCACCUCCUGCGGCGCCUCUACCACCUGGUGGGCGAGAGCCGGCCGCGUCAGGCGCCGCCGCAGGACGGCGACGACGAGCCGCGCCUAGACAUCCCCUGGGACACCUUCAUCAGCCGCAAGCUGACCAACAAGCUCUGCCAGCAGAUCCAGGACCCGCUGGUGCUGGCCUGCCAGGCGCUGCCUGACUGGUCGCAUAUGCUGCAGAGCCAGUGCCCCAUGCUGUUCCCCUUCGAGACGCGCCAGAUGUUCUUCAACUGCACCGCCUUCGGAACGUCACGGUCGAUAGUCUGGCUGCAGACGCAGCGCGAGCUGGCGAUGGAGCGCACCCGCGGCCCGGCCGCGCUGCGCCGGGACGACGGACACGAGUUCCGCGUGGGCCGGCUGCGCCACGAGCGGGUACGGGUACCGCGCGGCCCCGACCUGCUCGACUGGGCCGUACAGGUGAUGGACUUCCACGCCGAGCGAGAGGGCAUUCUGGAGAUGGAGUUUGAGAACGAGGAGGGCACCGGCCUGGGUCCGACGCUCGAGUUUUACGCUCUGGUGGCGGCCGAGCUGCAGAAGCGCGAACUGUGUAUGUGGAUCUGUGACGACCAGCCGGUGCUGUCACCGGACGCGGCGGCCGCGGACGACCGACCGGCCGACAACUACGUGAUGAGGCCCGGCGGCCUGUUCCCGGCGCCGCUUCCACAGGACUCUGAACACUGCGACCGUGCGGUGAACAUGUUCCACUUCCUGGGCAUCCUGCUGGCCAAGGUGCUGCAGGACUCGCGGCUGGUGGACCUGCCGCUCUCCAGGCCCUUCCUCAAGCUGAUGUCGUCGGUGAAUCUGGCGCAGCACAGCAGCAGGAUGGACGGCGGCGGCCGCUCCACCUCCCCGGCCUCCGAGGACGACCUGAUGACCUCCUCAUUCGUCUCGAUGGAGAGUGAGAAGGAACUCGAGCUCGACCCGCCCAAGGCGUCCGGCGCCGGCGGCGUCUGGUACCAGGACGUGCUCAGUCUGGACGAUCUGGUGGCCAUCGACCCGGCGCGCGCGCGCGUGCUGCAGCAGCUGCGUCAGCUGGCCACCCGUCGGCAGCACAUCCUGCAGGACGGCCAGCUGAGCGACGAGGCGCGCCGACGGCAGCUGGCCAACCUCACCGUGGACGGCUCAGCCCGCCUCGAGGACCUCUCUCUAACCAUGACGUUCCCGUCGCCGGCUCGCUCUCUCGGCUACACGAGCUGUGAGCUCCGGCCCGGCGGCGACCACCAAGACGUCACAGAAGAAAACGUGGACGAGUAUGUGGAACUCAUGGUCGACUUCUACUUGAGGCGCGGCGUCGCUAGACAGCUGGACGCGUUCAAGGCCGGCUUCGAUCGCGUCUUCGCCAUGGCAAGACUACGUCCGUUCAGUCCGGACGAGGUGAAGCUGAUGCUGUGUGGUGACCAGACGCCCGCCUGGAGCCGCGAGGACCUGCUCAGCUAUACGGAGCCCAAACUGGGCUACAGCAAAGACAGUCCGGGCUUCCUGCGGUUCGUCAGCAUCCUGGAGAAGAUGACCGGCCCGGAGCGGAAGCGGUUCCUACAGUUCGCCACCGGCUGCUCGUCGCUGCCUCCCGGCGGCCUGGCCAACCUGUACCCGCGGCUCACCGUCGUCAAAAAGGUGGACGCCGGAGACGGCAGCUUCCCCAGCGUCAACACCUGCGUGCACUACCUGAAGCUGCCCGACUACAGCAGCGAGGAGAUCAUGCGCGACCGGCUGCUGGCCGCCACCCAGGAGAAGGGGUUCCACCUGAACUAGUCGGACGCGGCGCCGGUGCCGGCGGCGACGGGCCCCCUGCGACGACGCGUCUUUCGACGGCGACGGCCGAGCGCCGGCGGAGUGGGCGGCGCCGGCGCGUGGCCACGCCGCCCCGUCUGAUCGAUAUGUCAAGUACUGUGAUGCUUUGUGUCCGCUGUUAAUCGUUUAUUGGCAAUAUAGGGUGUGACGGUCGCGUGCCCCUGCGGACGGGCGGGCGGCUCGCGGUGGCCGAUCGUGUCGAACUCUGAGCGAGAGUGACGCGAGAGUGAGUGAGUGUGAGUGCGUGAGAGUGAGUGGCGAGCAUUGGCGGCCGGGCGGAGUUGUACGGUACUGCCCGGUGGACUGUGUAUAUUGUACCGUGCCGCGCGCUGCCUCCCUCUCAGAGUACAACGCCGUGCUCUGAGCUCCUGCCCGGCGGCCGGGCGGCCGGUGUGUCGCGCAGGCCCGCCGCCCGGCCGGCGGCUUUCAGUUUUUAGUCGGUUCCCGUUUUGUGCUUGGUCACGGCUGCUGUGGGCGUAUCAGUUAGCGCAGCGUUCUCGUCAUACGUUAUAGAUCGGUUUACACAAAAUAUACGGAGCACUGAGA